AUGGCAACACUCAACUCCCAACCAGGCGGGCCUCUACAAGCCGCUCUACUGGAGACAACUACAGCAGCCUCUACGAGAGCUGCCGAAGGCCAGAGGAUCUUUAGCCCGAUAGCAAUUUUUCUUGACAAGCACCGGAGCCAGUCAGGGCUUGCGCCUCACCAGCGAGGCGCGCUCGACGCGCUCAGCAACGACCUGGCCGAUAUAGCCCAACGUCACUUCAGUGCCUAUAUCAGCGGAACCCCUUUGACCUUGACUACGAUCCCCCCUGCCCCUGCCUCUGCCCCUGCCUUUACCCCUGCCCCUGCUUCUCUCCCCCCGUCUCCCCCUCCAUCUCGCCCCCCCUCCGGUCUUGCUCAGUCGACGUACGCAACAGUCACCCAAACAACCAAGGCCAAAGGCCCCUCUACAUCUCGGCCUAAGGCCAAGCAAAAGACUAUAACUCCUGCCCCCGACCAGCAGCCUGACUCCCGCCUCUUUGUACGCCUCCCGCCGAACCAUCUUGCCAAAAAUAUGGACGCAUACGCUAUCUACACUAGCCUCCGUUCCCAUCUAGGCACCAACAACAAGACACUUAAGGGUGUCCAGUCUAUUAAGACAGGAUUCGCUCUUCUGCCUUCAUCUCCCGAAGCUCUCGCAGCCCUAGAGGCACAGAAAGAGGCUAUCACUACCUUCUUUACCAACUGCCAGAUCGAGCGAAGCUCUCGCUGGAUCUCGUAUCGAGUAACAAACGUACCGAGGAAGGUCGGCCGGCUGAAUGCAAGCCAAUACUCUUUAAUUCCCGUUGAUUCGGAGAUACUAUCAGCUGAAGUAGCUGAAAUUACCGGCUUUACUCCAGUUACAGUAACCGAAACUGCCGCUAGCGCCUCUAAUACAAAUACGAUUUCUUUAAGCUGGUUUAUCAAUUUUCCCGAAGAAAGUAAAGCCAAGCUGCCUGUACGACUAUCUCUAUUUGAUCCUGUGCACGUAACCCUCGGUAUCGCCUCUGCGGCUUUACUUAACAUACCGAAGAAGGUCACACUAAUCACUGCGCUGCCGCGGCUCCUCAUACCUGCCCCCCAAGAUACCUACACUGCCAUGGUCCCCACCCAGCAGACUAUAAUCAAUGCCUUCUCCGGCCCAGCAAGCCAGGCGCUCGUUUCACAAAAGCCCAGCAGGCUGAGACCCGCAAGACCUGCUCCGCAGCCCUCUCUAAGGCACGGACUGAGAGCAAAUGCUGUUCCCAACAUCCAGAAGCCCUUGAAACUGGAAUCUCUGAAGCCUCGCAAGAACAGGAUAUGUCUAUCGACAGCCAUCCUACAAUCUCUCCAUUCCGCCCACAAAUCCCUCCUCAACAAGGACCAGCGGACUCCCCCCCAGUUACAGCUAGAGCAGUACGCUUUACAAUAUUACCACUACAAAACCAGUUUGGAACUCUUACGAAUGAAAAACUAUAAGAUUUCAGAAUUAUCAGACAGAUUCUCUCUCAAUACUUCAGCUGAAUCAGGCAAUUUCAACCUGCAACAUACCAGAUGGCAGCCCUCACUCCAGCGAAGCCCCUCCACCUUAGCUGAACCAAUGUCUGAAUGGCUAGAUCAACAAGGACUAGUGCUAAUCUCCGAGAUCGACACCCCUACACAUAGAAGAGGCAAUACCCUGGAUCUAGCCUUCGCAUCUAGCUCUCUUGCCUUCACAGGGGCACAUACUAAGGUUGCGGACUACCUAGAUGCCACAUCAGAUCAUUACCCUCUUCUUACCACCCUCCCCUGGGGACAGAGACACCCAGAGGCUUCACAGAGGCUUAAAUUCAGCACCCUAGACACUUCCCGUUUCCAAACUCUCUUAACCCUGAACAUUAACACCCUUCCAGUAACGGCACACUCAGAGAAGGAACUUGAUUACCUUGCAAGUAGAAUUACUUCAGCUGUAUACAGUGCAUACGCAGCUUCUGCACGCAAGACUAGACCACAGGGAGGGGGACAGCCCUGGUGGAACCCAGAAUGCAAAGAAGCACUCUUGAAGUAUCGCGCCAGUUUAUACUCAAAAAAGGACUUCCGCCGGACAGUAAGACAGGCAAAGCGAAACUACUGGAAAGAUAAAAUAAACUUAACAACUACGGCUAAAGAGGUAUUCGACAUGUCCAAAUGGUAUAGAAUAACAGGAUCCUACCGCAGCCCUCCAUUGGCAGACCCUCAGCAACCAGAGAACCCACCAGCAGUUGAUAUUCAAGCCAAACGGGAUAUCCUAGCCCGUAAUCUCCUGCAGAACUCUGCAGAGGCAGGGGACAUACCACUUGACGCA